AUGUUGUCCUUCCUUUUGUUUGGUCGUCGCGGGACCCAAGCUUCCGUCGGAAACCAGGUGAAUCAGGACCAGACCCACGGAGGGAAUGCCAAUGGUACCAGCGUUGCGACGGGCGGGGACUCGGAUGACCGCGAACUCGACAUGGAUCACAGUAAUUCACGUUCCACGAACCUACUUCAUGACUCCGCGUACGCGCGAAGACGGCGCGAGCUCCUUGGACUGCGUCAGGAGCUGGCUGACAUGGGCGCCGACACGCUGAUUGAUCUGCCAUGUGUGGCUGUCAUAGGCGGCCAGUCAGCUGGGAAAAGUUCGUUGGUGGAAGCGGUUAGCGGGAUCAGUGUUCCCCGCGAUAGCGGCACCUGCACGAGGUGCCCUACCGAGUGCUCCAUGACGAGCAUCGGCGGACAAUGGUCAUGCCAAAUCUUUCUGAGGAUCAUAUUCGAUGACGCAGGGGUGCUACUUCCAUUCAGACAGAGGAAGUCUUCUCAGCCCUUCGGACCUCUCAUCACGAACAAGGCCGAAAUCGAACUUUGGCUCCGUCGUGCGCAAAUGGCGAUUCUCAGUCGUCACACAUCCCCGGAGGUCCUCUACUCCAUGUCAGCCGAGCAGCUUAAGUCUCACGCCGCAACCGAUCCGCGCGUCGCCAAGUUCUCGAAGAACGUCGUAUGCAUAAAAAUAAACGAUCCCGACAGCACGGAUCUGUCCUUCAUUGAUCUUCCUGGACUGGUUCAGAACGAGGCGCCUCAAGCAAUUGAUCUCGUGCGUACCUUGGUCGAGGACGUGAUCAAGAGGGAUACAACCAUUGUGCUCGUGACCAUUCCCGCGAGUGAUGAUAUGGAGAACCAGCAGGCUGUUCUGCUCGCGAGGCAAGCGGACCCGGAUGGAAGGCGUACAGUCGGCAUCAUCACAAAGCCGGACUCGUUGACGUCAGGGGCUUCCAGCGCUCGAGAAAAGUGGAAGAUGAUACUCACCGGCCGAUCGCAUAUCUUGACAAACGGAUACUACUGCGUCCGUCUUCCGGACGACGACGAGCGGUCCCGCAACAUAACUCGUGCUGAAGCGGAUACCAUCGCGGACAACUUCUUCAAAGUAACAUCCCCUUGGAAGGACGUCAUGCAAACGUAUCCUAAUCGAUUUGGUAUCCCGAACUUCGUCUCGGAAAUCAGCAAGCUUCUCAUGAAGGUUAUCGAAGACGCUCUCCCGAAACUCAGGCGCACAGUCGCUGACUUGUUGAAGGAGAACGAACGACAACUGGCAGAACUCCCCGCUCCCCCAUCCGAGAACCCGAUCGUCGAGCUCCUCGAACUUGUGACAAACUUCUGCAGCGAGCUCCACCAGACGGUGUUCGGACAGCACGAAGACAAGCGUUUCGUCCAGAAAAAUCGUGCUCGUUACAGCAUGUUCAAGCUGGCUAUCCGUGCCACUGCCCCGGACUUCAGGCCGUUCGAUGACUACACGAAAUAUAACGAACCUGAGAGCCCUCUUCCUGAAGAAAACGACGAGAUUAAUGACGACGCGAGUCUUUCAAGCGCUCCCACCGCUGCCGGUUAUAAUGGCAAUGCGAACCUACCAGUACGAGACAAGCCUCGGCCCUUGGAUCUGUGGGGUGUCAGGAAAGUGAUACAAGAAUCCAUCGCCUGGGAGUUGAAAAAUACGAUACCCUUCGAUGCGAAGAAGGUCCUGAUCAAACAGUCUACGGGGCUGUGGGACGCGCCAGCGAUCGAGUGCUUCGAAGCUGUGUUCUCCGAACUCGGGGAGCACCUUGAUGUGCUAGUCACCAAACAUUUUGGCAGGUAUCAUCGACUCUGCGAGAUCCUCAGAACCUUCAUUCGGUCCGAAUUACCUGCGUACCAUGAACAAGCCCUCGUCGACUUGCGCAAGACCAUAGCGUUGGAGAAGAAUCCUUUCUUCACCCAGAAUGUCCAAGAUUUGCCUGCAACGCGGGAGAAGUGCUUUGUCUUCUACCGACGCGUUUAUUGGAACGCUCUGGGUUACUUGAUUGUCGUCAAAGAUUCUCGGACACCAAGUCCCGCUUAUCAUUACAACCACAGUCAGAGGGAGGAAGACGAAGCCGCCGCGCUGAGGGCGUUGGCCAAGAUCGGCUAUCGCGGGUUAAGCGUUGCGGAUCUAAGACACCUACAUCCUCGGGAGGCCUUCGACGAAGAGCUAAGCGUGAUGGCAGACGUCAGAGCUUACUUCCAGGUGGCAUAUAAGAGAUUCAUCGAUAACAUUCCGCUCACCAUUGAACACUCUCUGAACCAGGUCGUAGCCACGACACUGAAGCGCAGCGUCCUGACGCAUCUUCAAUUCGACGAUCCGCAGGCGUCCGAGCGCCUGAAAGAUCUGUUGGGUGAAAGCUCGGAAGUGUCGCGAAGGAGAUCCAAUCUUCAGGAGCACAGAAGGCGGCUCAUUGCGAUCGAACAGAAGUUGACCGCGUUCCAGUUGUAA